GCCAUCUGUACUUUUCAUUACCAAACGGACAUUUUCGUUUAUCUAUUUCGUUUUGCGACCUAAUUUUUAUCAUACUCACGGCAGAAGGAUUUCAUGUUAAAAAACAAACAAACAGAAAGACACAAGAAACAUCUCGGGUGGAUUGCGAAAAAGUACUUACACUGUUACGGCUCACAGUUAGCCCUUGCGUGAUGGCGUUUGUAGUUAUGUUGAAACAACGUCGACGUUUGCGGGUUUUUCUAUUAAGCGUCUUCAUUUCGAUGUGUCUAUAUUUGCACGUUGCGUACCAUGCUGAAGUAGAACAUCCUGGACUUCUUCGUCAAAUAGGCAACAGAACAAAAGAAUCAAAUUAUGGCAAAAGCAAACGGUAAAGACUAUCUGCUAGCAGCCGCACUAAAAACAUUUUGAUGUGGAAAAAUAUCUGGGGAUAUAAAUUGGAAGUAGGUCGUUCCCCAUUCAUUGUUGCAAAUUGUCCAUUCAGCAACUGUUUCCUCACUAAAAAUACCAGUGUUAUGCCACCCGAGGAUUUCGACGCCAUAAUGAUUCAUCCGUCGACGCAGAGAAUUCCACACAAUUUUAAAAAUCGAAGACCCGAGCAAAUUUUUCUCAUGUUCAAUAACGAGCCGCCAGCACACAUGCCCAGAUACAUGGCGAAGUUUGACAACUAUUUUAACUGGACUAUGACUUACCGAACAGGCUCUACUUUUCACCUAAGGUACGGCGAAAUAAUUCCUUUGGAUAGCGCACCCAGCACGAUGGAUCAGGCAAUGGCAAUGCGAAAAGAGAUGAUGCGACCAGGCAUCAGUCCAGCCAAGGGGAAGACGAAGCUAGCUGUGUGGUUCGUAACAAACUGCAACGCUGAAAGCAACAGAGAAGCAUACGUCAGUAUAAUGCAAAAAUUUACUACAAUAGAUAUUUUCAGUAAAGCAGGAAAUUGUGGUGGCAAAUGUCCUAGAGUUAAGAAUCGCGAUGUGUGCUAUAAUUUGAUUGAAAAAAGUUACAAAUUCUACUUGUCCUUUGAAAACUCCAUCUGUGAAGAAUACGUCACCGAGAAGUUCUUUGAAAUUAUGAAUCGAAACAUAGUGCCCGUUGUACUUGGUGGAGCUGAUUAUGCUGCGAUUGCUCCUCCUCAUUCGUACAUCAACGCUCUUGAUUACACACCCCAUCAGCUGGCUGAUUACCUGAAUGAACUCGAUCGUAAUGACACAAUGUAUGCCGAAUAUUUUUGGUGGAAAAAACACUAUCGUGUCAACGACCUCCACGAGACAACCAAGAUAGCCUUGUGUGAUCUCUGUGAAGCUCUUCAUACGACGCCUUUGAAAAAUUCCACAGUCAAAGGUUUUACAAAGAUGGUUAUUGGAACCAUCUCUUUGUAG